AGCGACAUCGAAAUAGAUUAAUCCAGUCAUUUUUUUAGAAUUGUGAUAAUUUUCAUAUUUGCGGAAUUGCAUUAACCGCAAAAAUAUGUCAGUGGAGUCCUUGACACUUGAAAAUGUGGAUAAAGUUCCAGAAUUCGACUCCUUGCCGGAGACAAUUUCAACAUUUAAUCCUUUGUGGACACUCGUAAUAGGUGUCGCGAUAAUAGCAAUGCUAUAUGAAAUAUGGCUGAGGAAUACUCGUGAAUACCGGUUAACGGCAAAUAUGCCAACGCCAUCAAAGUUACCGAUUCUUGGACAUGCUCAUUUUGUUUUAAAUUUAAAUAAUGCUGAAAUCAUGGCCAAGGCCAUCGAAUACAUUGACACCCCGGGAGGUGUGCUACGUAUCUAUUUGGGUCCCGUACUUAUUGUGGCGUUAUGGAAUCCAGCGGAUAUUGAAAUUGUGCUCAGUUCUAGCAGUCAUUUGGAAAAAUCUUACGAAUAUAAAUAUUUCAAGCCAUGGUUUGGUGAUGGUCUACUCAUCUCCAAGGGACAUCAUUGGCAACAUCAUCGGCGAAUGAUUGCGCCCACCUUCCAUCAGAGUAUUUUGAAAAGUUUCAUCCCCACAUUUGUCCAACAUUCGAAGAGUUUGGUGCAUCGCAUGUCCUUAGAAGCGGGCAAGGAAUUCGAUGCCCAUAAGUAUAUGUCCCAGGUGACGGUGGAAAUUUUACUCGCCACUGUUAUGGGAGUGAAAAAAUUGCCCGAACCAAAUAAAUGUCUGGAAUAUGCCAAUGCUGUGUUGGAAAUGUGUGAUGUGAUACACAAACGUCAGUUGAAGGUAUUUUAUCGUCUCGAUGCCAUGUUUAAAUUUUCGAAACUUCAUGAGAAGGGUCAUAAAAUGUUGACCACAAUUUUGGAUAUGACACGCAGAGUGGUGGAGGAACGUCAAAUGAAUUUCAAUGCUGAUUCGAGGGCAAUUUUCGAAAAUGAUGCAGAGGUUGCCAAGCGUAAGGAAGAAACAAUAAAAGCCGAAGGAUUGCGAGAUGAUUUGGAUGACAUCGAUGAAAAUGAUGUGGGUGCCAAGAAGAGAUUGGCUUUAUUGGAUGCCAUGAUGGAAAUGACCAAAAAUCCUGAAAUCGAAUGGACCGAAAAGGAUAUUAUCGAUGAGGUCAAUACAAUUAUGUUUGAGGGUCAUGACACCACAUCGGCUGCCUCCAGUUUUGUUCUUUGCAUAUUGGGCAAUUACCAAGACAUACAAGAGAAGGUGUUGGCCGAACAGCGAGCCAUUUUUGGUGAUGACUUCAUGCGUGAUUGUACCUUUUCCGAUACCUUGGAAAUGAAAUAUUUAGAGCGUGUAAUAAUGGAAACCCUGCGACUGUAUCCACCAGUACCCCUCAUAGCACGUCGUGCUGAAUAUGACAUCAAGUUGGCAUCUGGACCAUAUUCAAUACCCAAAGGCACCACCAUAGCAGUAAUGCAAUAUGCCGUACAUCGUGAUCCGAAAUCAUUCCCAAAUCCCGAUACAUUUGAUCCUGAUAACUUUCUGCCCGAACGUAUGGCCAAGAGGCAUUAUUACAGUUUUAUACCCUUCAGUGCUGGACCGCGCAGUUGUGUGGGUCGUAAAUUUGCCAUGUUGAAGUUGAAAGUGUUACUCUCGACCAUAUUGAGGAAUUUCGAAGUCAAGUGUAAGCUAAAGGAGAAAGAUUUCCGUAUGCAGGGUGAUAUUAUAUUGAAAAUGGCAGAUGGUUUUAAUAUAAUGCUGGAACCACGAGCCGAGGCUAAGAAGGUGUUAUAAGUAAGGGGAAACGAGAUAAGGGGUGGGGAAAAUAAAUUAGAGAAUACUAAUACAAA